AUGGACAGUAACCGACUGUUAUGUGGUCGUCCUUUUGGAGGAUGUGCAAUCCUAUGGAAAUCUGGACUUUUGUGUAACUUUAAACCAAUAGUAUCUGAGUCUAGAAGAGUGUGUGCCGUGAUGAUAGAAAUGGGAUACAUGAAAGUGUUAUUGUGUAACGUGUAUAUGCCUUGUUCUAAUUCUAAUGAACAUGAAUUUGACGAUACUUUAAAUGAAAUAGGAAAACUUAUAUAUGAAUCAGAUACGGAUUAUAUUGUAGUGGGUGGAGACUUUAAUACAGACUUAUCUAGAACAACCUCGUAUCACACAAUCCGUCUGAAGGCGCUUUGUUCAUCACAUACACUGGACUUUGCUCAAAAACAUGAUAAUUCUAAUGUUGAAUAUGCUUUUGAAAGUAAAAUAAAUGGGGAUAAGAGUAGUCUAGAUUACUUCCUCUUUUCUGAGAAUCUAGGAACUAAUCUUAUAGAAUUCAUCUCUAUCCACGAUGGAGAUAAUAUGUCGGAUCAUUCUAUUAGCUUAAACUUAAGCAUACAGCUAGAAUGCUGUCAGUUAGACCCUUUAAGUAAAACCGAGAUUCUCAAGUGGCAGGAGGCAUCUAGUGAUCAAAUUUCUAAAUAUAAAGAUACACUUAAUAAUUUAUUACAAAAUGUGUAUACACAUUGGAAGGAGAAUAAUUCUCCUCGCUCUGGUCAGCUCGCAGAAAUCAGCUAUGAUGAUAGUGCUAAUUUUAAAAAUCUUAAAGAAAAAGACCAUGGUGGUGUAGGAAUAUAUUAUAGUACGAAUAAAGCUUGUAAUAUAAUAAGAUUAGGACAAUUAAAUAUAGAACAUGUUGGUUGUAAUAUUCCAGAUAAAAAUGUUUCUAUAAUAGUUAUUUAUAGACCACCAAAAUAUAGAUUAGAAUUGUUUAUGCCUCAUUUAGAACAUUUGUUGACUGAGUUACAAGAGUCUGGUUAUCAUUAUAUUGUUAUGGGAGAUUUUAAUCAAAAUCUAUUAGAAGGACAAAGUUCCAUUAAGGAUAGUUUUGAACGAUUUGGUUUUAGACAGUGUGUAACAGAGAGUACUACAGAGGGUGAUACAUUAUUAGAUUCGAAAACCGGUUCGUGUCAAUUGCGUAAGUUUUUGUUUUACUUGUUAUAA